GAUUCCCGCUCAGUUUCGUUUCGGCAAUCAUUCGAAUCACACGGAAAAAGUAGUUGCCCUCUUGCCGCAGAUAAUGGCCUCGCAACCGCUUGGACUCCUGCUGGGAGCCAUCCUGCUUUCCAUAUGCGCCAUCGAUGCUUCAGUGCCUCAUCCUUUGGCCGCCAACUAUUCGAUCGACAUCCUGCGCCUGGCCAAGGCGGCUCACAUCAAGGCCUAUAUGGGCGAUGAGGAGCAGGCUUGCAACAGUUUCUACAACUAUGCCUGCGCCAAUUGGCCGCGUUUGCAUCCCGCUCGAAAGUUGAAGACACGCACCAACUACCUGGAGGAGCUCCAGGAGCUGUAUAUCCGGAAGAGCGCCGAUAUGCUCAAGAGUGCGACCAGGGGAGCUGAGAACAGUGCCGAUCGCCAGUUGAAGUACUUCUACGGCUCAUGCCGCCUUCAAACAAAUGACACGCGAUCCGCCUUGAAUACGCUGCAAAAUGUGACGGAUUUCCGGGGAGGUUGGCCAGAGAUUCGUGUUGCCUCGUGGUAUCAGUACGAGUACGAUUGGCUGCAGGUGGUGGCGAAUUUGAAGCGCAAGUUGGGCGUGGACAUCUUCAUAGGACUGGAGGUGGUACUCGACUACAAGGAGGAGAAGAUGCACCGCUUGAAGAUCGGUGCUCCCCAGUUUGCCAUGUCACGGCGUCACUACGUCCAUCCCCACUACGAUGGCACUCGGGAACUGUACGAGCGUGCGAUCGAAGAUAAGUUGAAACUGUAUUUCCCGGAACAAUCGGCACACUGGAGGCAGCAGGUGGCCAGCCAAGUCGUCCAAAUCGAGCAGCAGCUGGCCAAGGGAUUGCCCCACAAUCCAGCGCUCACCUUGGCGCAAACCACUCGCCAAAGGACCGCCGCUGAGAUGAAGGCUGCCUAUGGCAGCUAUGUGGAUGUGACCCGGUAUUUGCAGAUGAUUUUCAACGACAACCUGUACAUGGAUGUGUAUGAGACACCCGAGGAUUACAUGGCCAAUCUGGUGGAUGUGAUAAGGGAAACGCCCAAGCUGCAGCUGGCCAACUAUACCAUGUGGAAGGCAUUGGAAGCGUUGGAUACCGCACGAGUGCCACCGUCCCAGAGAGCUGAUAUCUGGUGUGUCCAGCUGGCGCAGCAAUACUUCCCCCAUCAGCUGGAGAGCCUGUUCCAUCGCAACUACAACCACAUGCAGAUGAUCAAUGAGUUGCAAUCGACGUGGUCGGAUAUCAAGCGAGUCUUUCGCGAGGAUCUGCAGGCCUCGGAGCGUCUGCUCUGGCUAACAUUGGAGACCAGGCAGAAGGCCAUCAGCAAGCUGGAGGCUUUGAAGCUGCACUUCCGGACCCACGACGACAACAAGUUGAUUCGCCAGAUGCACGGACUUAGUCUGCACAUGGAUAACUUUUACCCGAACCUGGUGAGCGUGCUCCAGUGGAAGACACAACGCGGCUUGGCCAAGUUGAUGGCCGAACCGGUGGCCGAGGAUGAAGUGUACAAGCUGCCGCACUACGAGAUCCAGAAGAAUCGCAUCCAGGUGCCGAUCACUUUCCUGCAGGCAAGAUUCUUCUGGGAUCCCGCCUAUCCCAAUGCCCUGAAGUACGCCACCUUGGGUGUGCUCCUCGCUCGCCAAAUGCUCCACGGAUUCGAUGGCGUGGGCAGGCGUUACGAUGCCUAUGGUUAUCAGAACAACUGGUGGGAUCACACCUCGGAGAGUUCGUACUCCCGCCGUACCCAGUGUUUCCAGGAGCAGUACGCCAUCUUUGUGGAGUACAAGGGUAAGCCGGUGCAGGACAAGGAUCUGCUGCGUAGAAUUGUAGCCGAUAAUGGUGCCCUGGACAUCGCCUAUCGCGCCUACCAACAAUGGCUGAAGAAUGCGGCCGAAACACCAGUUGUAUAUCAAAGGGAACGUCUGCCACUCCUCGGUCUUGACCACAAUCAGAUCUUCUAUCUGGGCUAUGCGCAGCUGUACUGCACCGACUAUCCGGAAUCUGUGGAGCGGUUCGAUGAGCUUCCCGAGCAGCUGCGGAUUAACACGGCGCUGUCCAAUUCCCAACAGUUCGCCAAUGCCUACGCUUGCUCCAGGGAGGACAAGCUGAACGCGCGCUUUAAGUGCACGCUCUACUAAGAGGAGAGUUAUCCAUCCAUAUCCCUAAUAUGUAUCUAUUAAACGAAGUUACGAAAUAAAAGCAUUUGUUGCACCUGUCAAA